GGAAGAAAACCCCCAAAGCGCCCGAAAUUGGUCACGUCGAAUGUUUUUUUGCCAAUCACACCGUUGUCGGCGGGGCAACCUCCGCAGGUUAACGUUACUUCUGGCAUAUUACCAAAUCUUUCGCAGCUUGAUGUCACGGGCGGCCAGGUCGCGUCUACGAGCGGUUUGCCCAGAAAUAUGUAUACCUACGGUAAUACCAACACAUUCCAAAAGAUGCCAAUAGAGGAAAUUAAAAACGAACCAGGAGAGUCUCCAAACCACAACCCAUCCAACCAAUAUCAACUCCAACCGGUGCAUGGCUUGCUCAACUCAAAAAGUACUUCUCCAGGUCCGGAUCGGUCCCCAGCUACACUCACUCCGUCCCCAGUGGUCGGCGGCUCCAUUUCGCCGCUUGAUCCUGGCAAUGUAACGCCCACUCCGCCCGCCUACACCACCCUAAACGGACCUGUAGGAAAUCCUUUCGGUAACUUCGGCACCUUCGGCAACUCCGGUGCUACAACACAACAGCAAUCCCAAGGUGUGCAGAUGUUCGAUUCAAACCUGCCUGGACCGUCGAAUGGCUGGGUGCAACCGGUUCCGAUGCAUACGCAGAACGGCCCUAACCACCAGCAGUCCUUUAAUCUGGGAAACUUUGGCUCCCUUCCGCUCACGAGUGAUCCAAUACUGAGCAUGGGAGCGACGAGCAUUGGUGCACCCUCCAACAAUCAACCCAACGUAGGAGCCCCCUCGAUGGUAUCGGAUUUCAACUUUAUGAACCUCGACUUCGGCAGCCUCGAGCCGGUGUUAAACUCGUCCGAACUCCGAUCCGUCCUGGGAAAUCUCUCCAACUCCGACCUCAAUCGCCUUGACCAGGUGGCAGGACAAGCGAUCAACAUGCAGAUGUCUGGAAGCUAUCAACAACUCUCCGCCUCGAAUCAGCAGCAAGCAUUAAGGGCUCUCUUAGCGACCCAGCAACAGCAGCAGCAACAACAACAACAACACCAACAGCCAGGUCAAACACAGGCACUACCAGAUCGAAAUGACAACGAUGAAGACCUGACCGAUAGCUUUACGAAGCUCAGCACCAACGAUUUGGACUAACAUGAGCACCAUCAUCCCCAUUUGCCAGAGGUUCUGGCAAAACACCUGACGGAUUCGCCCGAUCGUAGCCCUUAAUCAUCGAAUGACCCGCGCUGUGUUGACGACAUCAUGUCUAAUUGGUUGUUAAGUUUUUGGACGAUUAUAACUGACUAUUGCAAAGUAAAACAAGUUUCAGGAGUUCUUUG